AUGCCUCUUCUUCAACCACCUUCAGACGAUCUCCGUCCUUCGGAUCUCACCUAUACCCAUGCAUAUAACUCUAUAGUAUCUCGAGUAAGGAGAAAAGGUGGAUCAGGGAGUGGAGGAGUCGUUAUACUAGCAGGAACUGAUGUGGAUGGAUUGCUUGGAGCUAGGAUACUAUGCUCGUUGUUUAAAAACGAUGAUGUACCUUAUCGGCUAGUUCCUGUAGGUGGAUAUUCAGAGCUAGAGACCAGAAGAGAUGAAGCGCUAGCUUCCGAAGAACUACACACCUUGAUAUUGCUAUCAUUAGGAUCCUUGUUAACACUCUCCUCGUACUUUGAGAUACCACCCAAUUGCCAUCUACAUAUAAUAGAUUCUCACAGACCGUGGAAUUUGCAAAAUCUAUUUGGAUUAGACAUAGAUACAGGUGAUGAAAAUGGCGAAUCGUCAGAAGGAAGAAUAUGGGUUUGGGGUGAUGGAGAUGAGUUUAGUGAGGUUAUGGAUAAUGUGAAGAAAAGCUGGGAGGCUUUAGAAUAUGAACCGUCUGAUUCCGGAUCGUCAGAUGAUGAAAGUGAAGAUGAUGACUCGGAUGAAGCUGAAGAGGAUGACGAAGAGGAUGAGGAAGAGGAUGAAGACGAGGAGAUUGACGAUCAAGACGGAGAUGAAAAUCGAGAUGAAUCGGCUUCCAGACAUGUUAGAAAAAGACGCAAAGCACGCUCGAAAGAACCUAAAUCCAAAAAGCAGAAGGAAGACGAUGACAGACCUCGUCGGCUACCUCGUGCAAUUCGUGAAGCACAUCAAGAUCGUAUACAGCGAUACUAUUCAGCUGGAACAUCAUACGGCCAAUCGGUCGCAUUGACGGUUUAUCUAUUGGCGACUGUCUUAGAAAGAGCAGAUAACGAUAUACUGUGGUACUCUAUUUUAGCAGUAACGAAUCAAUACAUAACGUCGAAAAUCGAUAGAGAUUCAUACGAGAACUACCAAUUGAUAUUUCAAGAUGAAGUGGUCAGAUUAAAUCAUCAUACGAACGGCAGCGGCGGCGUUGGUAAUGGGAUGAAAAUACCAAAUCCAGAUGAUAGAAGUAUAAGUAAAUCAGAGGAAUUAAGAUUCAUGUUAUAUAGGCAUUGGAAUUUGUAUGAAAGUAUGCUACAUUCUGGCUAUGUUGCUGGUAGAUUGGGUAUAUGGAAAGAAAAAGGUAGAAAGAAAUUACAAGGUCUACUGGCCAAAAUGGGUUUCUCAUUAUUACAGUGUCAGCAAACUUGGUCACAUAUGGAUAUGGAACUAAAACGCAAAUUACCUGAAAAAUUAGAAUCUAUAGCACCUGAAUAUGGAUUGGUGGAACUUUCUUAUCCAUCUUUCACAAGAGCAUAUGGAUUUCAACUUUCCUCAUUAUCAGCUGCCGAUGCGGUGGAAGUAAUAUCGUCUCUGCUCGAUAUCGCUGUAGGAGUGAGAUUGGAGGUGGACAGAGAAGGUGGGAAAGCUGGUGGUGAAUGGUUUGGAGGUACAACACGUUGGAACGUUUCUACUAGAGAAUCGGAAUCGACUUCGAAAGAAGGGAAAGAGAAUGUGGAUCCAAAUGGUACUAAUGAAGAUGGAAAUGAUGGAAAUAGGACUCAAGUCGUGAAGAAGAAAGACGAUUGGAAUACUACUAAUUGGUGGAUCGCUUAUGAUGCUUGUGACGAUAUCGCUUUAAUGCGUCGUUCGUUACCAUUAGCAAUGACAUUACAUCGAGCGAUCAUAAGGGCUGGAUCAGCAUUACUUGAUAAAACAAUUAUACGUUCAUUACGAACAUUUCGACUAGCGAUACUGAAAGAAGGACCUGAUCUAAGGAUCUUUUCGAAUCCUUCAACAUUAUCAAGACUGGCGUUAUGGUUGGUCGACGCAACACGAGAUCGAUGGGCAGAAAAACAAUCACGUAUAUCGGGUAACGGGAAAGUGAAAAGUUUACCUUUCGUGGUUGCUUGUCUGAAUGAAGAUAAAGGUAGUUAUAUGGUGGUAGGUGUGACGGGGGCACCGGAGUUCGGUGAUGUGAGGAAAAAUAAAUUCGGUCUAGCAUUCCAGCAAGCUGCUGAAGAAUCAGGAUCAGGUUCAAAACAUGAUAUGUUUGAUACGAGUGUUGUAGAAGUUUCUCAAGAGGAUUUACAAGGUUUCAUCGAAAGCUUACAUUUACGCUCUGGAUGA